GCUUCACCCCUCCUCCUCUGCCUCCAAAUGGAGAGAGCUCUUUUUUCUCAUCUAUUGAAUCUCGGCCCAGGGGAAGACCACAGAGAGCCUGCAGAAUGCUACGUUUGUCGACGCUCCUUCGCCGCGUUUCUGUGUAUGGGAAGCACUUCGCUCAGCUCGCGUUUUGAGACGACCUACUACUCCGGACACACGGUGAAUGUACGCGGCGGUGGAGACCCCAGGAUCGCGAAAUGUUGGGAUGGAAGGCGCAGAUUUUGACUCGCCGUCUCCAACAGGACUAUGAAGUACUUCACGGGUGUGAGAUCACCGAGAGUGAAACUUUGUUGCCUUGGGAUAUCUCUACACGUAUUCGGGGACGUAUUAUAAAGUGGAAAACGAUCACCUUCGCGCAGUCUCCGCAACAUGGCCUCGGCCGCUAAUGCAUACUCUGAGCAGGAAAACAGAGAGCCCGACCGGCCGAGGAUAACGCGGAGAACCAGGGGGAACUAUGCCCGCACCGCGCCGCUGGAUUUGGAGUAUUUGCAGCGACCAAGUUACUGUGAUGCGGGCUUUGCGUUGGAGCAGAUAUCCGAGGGGAAGGCGACUGGGAGGAAAGCACCGCUAUGGCUGAGGGCGCAGUUCCAGAGACUAUUAUUUAGGUUGGGCUGUCACAUACAAAAGAACUGCGGAAAGUUUUUGGUGGUGGGCCUCAUGAUAUUCGGUGCUUUCGCCGUUGGAUUACGGGCAGCUAAUUUGGAGACGGACGUGGAGAAACUUUGGGUAGAAGUGGGAGGACGGGUGAACCAGGAGCUUAAGUAUACACGUCUGAAGAUGGGGGAGGAGGCCACGUUCAACCCCCAGCUGAUGAUCCAGACGCCGCGCGAGGAGGGAGCCAACGUGCUGACCCUGGAGGCCCUACGCCAGCACCUGGACUCGGCCCUGCAAGCCAGCAGGGUCCAAGUCUACCUCUACAAGAGACGAUGGACACUAGAACAGUUGUGCUACAAAUCAGGAGAACAUGUCACAGAAAGUAGUUUGGUGGAUCAGAUCAUAGAAAGGCUGCACCCGUGUCUCAUCAUCACCCCCCUGGACUGCUUCUGGGAGGGAGCCAAACUCCAAUCGGGAAUGUUCUAUCUCCCGGGCAAGCCCCCGCUGCAGUGGACCAACUUCGACCCCAAACAGUUCCUGGAGGAGCUGCGGGCGGGCAGCUUCCAGGUGGACACCUUCGAGGCCAUGCUGGAGAAGGCGGACGUGGGCCACGGCUACAUGGACCGGCCCUGCCUCAACCCCUCCGACCCGGACUGCCCCCUCACCGCACCCAACAAGAACGCCACCAAGCCAUUCGACGUUGCGCGGGCCCUCACCGGCGGUUGCCACGGCCUCUCCAGGAAGUACAUGCACUGGCAGGAGGAGCUCAUCGUCGGGGGGACCACCAAGAACGGCAGCGGACCCCUGCUCAGAGCCCAGGCCUUGCAGACCAUGUUCCAGCUGAUGACCCCCAAGCAGAUGUUUGAGAACCUGCGCGGGGAUGAAGAGGUCUCCCACAUCAACUGGAACGAAGACAAGGCCUCUGCCAUCCUGGAAGCCUGGCAGAGGAGCUACUCUGAGGUGGUGCAGAAGAGUGUGGCCCCCGACUCGUCCCAGAAGGUGCUCUCCUUCACCACCACCACGCUGGAGGACAUCCUGAAGUCCUUCUCGGACAUCAGUGUCAUCCGCGUGGCCAGUGGCUACCUGCUCAUGUUGGCCUAUGCGUGUCUGACCAUGUUGCGGUGGGAUUGCGUCAAGUCCCAGGGUGCAGUGGGGUUGGUGGGGGUCCUGUUGGUAGCUUUGUCUGUGGCAGCCGGUCUGGGUCUCUGCUCUCUGCUGGGCAUCUCCUUCAAUGCUGCCACCACACAGGUUCUGCCCUUCCUGGCUCUGGGUGUUGGAGUGGACGACGUGUUUCUCCUGGCUCACGCCUUCAGUGAGACGGGACAAAACAAGAGGAUCCCAUUCGAGGACCGGACGGGCGAGUGUCUGAAGAGGACUGGAGCCAGUGUGGCCCUCACCUCCAUCAGCAACGUCACCGCCUUCUUCAUGGCCGCCCUCAUCCCCAUCCCCGCCCUCAGGGCCUUCUCUCUGCAGGCAGCAGUGGUGGUGGUGUUCAACUUUGCCAUGGUGCUGCUCAUCUUCCCGGCCAUCCUCAGCAUGGACCUGUACAGACGAGAGGACCGACGCUUCGACAUAUUCUGCUGCUUCUACAGUCCCUGUGCCAACCGGGUGAUCCAGAUCGACCCCCAGGCCUACCUGGAGGGUGGCCCCGAGGGGGGCGGCCGCUACAGCCCUCCCCCGUCCUACCGCACGCCCCCGCCGACCUAUAUCACCCCGCCGCCGUCCUACAGCAGCCACAGCUUCGCCCAGCAGACCCAGAUCACCAUGCAGUCCACGGUGCAGCUACGGACCGAGUACGACCCGCGCACCCAGGCCUUCUACACCACCGCCGAGCCGCGCUCCCAGAUCUCCGUCCAGCCCGUCAACCCGCCGCCCCAGGGCCCCUUCUCCGCCAGGCCCGCCCCCGGCGGCGACUACUACAGCGGCGGGACAAACGGGAACAACCACGAAAACCUCAACAACAACCACGGGGGCGGCCACGGCGGCAGGUCCCACCACCACCAGCAUCACCCCCAACCGCCCCCACCUCCGGCCCCCGCGACGGCCCCGUCUCCGGGCUCCGCCGCCGCCGCCGCCGCCGCCGCGGCUCAGAGUCCAGAGAACGCCAGCUCCACGCGGGACCUGCUGUCCCAGUACGGAGACCCCUCGUCGGGGGGGCUACGCUGCGUGGACCCCCCCUGCUCCCACUGGACUCUGGCCUCGUUCGCAGAGAAGCACUACGCGCCCUUCCUCCUGCAGCCCACCACUAAGGUGGUGGUGAUCGUGCUGUUCCUGUGUCUGCUGGCGGUCAGCCUGUACGGCACCACGUGCGUGCGCGACGGCCUGGAGCUCACCGACAUCGUGCCGCGGGAGACCAGCGAGUACGACUUCAUCGGCGCCCAGUUCAAGUACUUCUCCUUCUACAACAUGUACGUGGUGACCAAGCUGGCCGACUACCCCCACCUCCAGCCGCUGCUGCACCAGCUCCACCAGCGCUUCCACACCGUCCGCUACGUCCUGAAGGAGGACAACGGGGAGCUGCCCCGCAUGUGGCUGCACUACUUCAGCGACUGGCUGCAAGGUCUCCAGCAGGCCUUUGACAGAGACUGGCGGUCCGGUCGCAUCACCCUCAACAGCUACAGGAACGGCUCAGAGGACGGGGUGCUAGCCUACAAACUACUGGUGCAGACGGGUCGCAGAGACAAACCCACCAACCUCAACCAGCUGACGCGCCAGCGGCUAGUGGACGCGGACGGCAUCAUCAACCCGGGGGCCUUCUACAUCUACCUGACCGCCUGGGUGGGCAACGACCCCGUGGCCUACGCCGCCUCCCAGGCCAACAUCCGCCCCCAGCCCCCGGAGUGGUCUCACGAUCGCACCGACUCCCGGCCCGAGGCACGCCUCAGCAUCCCCGCCGCGGAGCCCAUCGAAUACGCACAGUUUCCCUUCUACCUCAACGGGCUCCGAGAGACCCCCCAGUUCGUGGAGGCCAUCGAGAGCGUGCGCGCCAUCUGCACCAACUACACCCGCCAGGGCCUGGCCUCCUACCCCAACGGCUACCCCUUCCUGUUCUGGGAGCAGUAUGUCAGCCUGCGCCACUGGCUGCUGCUGUCCAUCAGCGUGGUGCUGGCCUGCACCUUCCUGGUGUGCGCCCUGUUCCUGCUCAACCCCUGGACCGCCGGGAUCAUUGUGCUGGUGCUGUCUCUGAUGACCGUGGAGCUGUUUGGCUUCAUGGGCCUGAUGGACAUCAAGCUGAGCGCCGUGCCCGUGGUCAUCCUCAUCGCCUCCGUGGGCAUCGGGGUGGAGUUCACCGUCCACGUGGCCCUGGCCUUCCUGACAGCCAUAGGGGACCGCAACAAGCGGGCCCUCCUGGCCCUGGAGCACAUGUUCGCUCCGGUGCUGGACGGGGCCUUCUCCACCCUGCUGGGCGUCCUCAUGCUGGCCGGCUCCGAGUUCGACUUCAUCGUCAGGUAUUUCUUUGCAGUGCUGGCCAUCCUCACCGUUCUAGGGGUACUCAAUGGACUGGUGCUGCUCCCUGUGUUGCUCUCCUACUUUGGACCUUAUCCCGAGGUGACGCCGGUGGACGGUGGUAGCCGCCUGCCGACCCCCUCCCCCGAGGCCCCCCCGCAGGUGGUCCACUUCUCGGUCCGCCACCACGACCCCGCAUCCGGCGCCACGUCCGACUCCUCGGACUCGGAGUACAGCUCCAACACCAGCCACGACCUGCAGCAGUACGGCCUCCCGGCAGACAGGGGGCGAGCUAGAGCCGCAGGGCCAGAGGAGCAGCAGCAGCAGUACCACCUCCCCACCAGCAGGGGCAGAGCAGCUAGGACAGAGGAGGAGCGGAGGGCUGGGGCGGGUCACAGGCACUCGGCCAGGCAGACCGUGCCCCCAGCCUACAACGUAUCCUCGUCCAACCCACCUCAGGGCACGGACCCCCGACCCCAACCUGGGGCUUCCCGUCGCCACGGCAACAGGGACCACCCCAAGGGCCAGCAGCCCCCGCCCCCGGGCCAGCCGCGCAUGGACGCUUUCGAAUCGGCCAGUGAGGCCGGGGGCCACCACGGCUCAGCGGGCUUCGGCCACAGGGACCCCAGGGCCCGCCCCUCCCAUAACAACCGGCCCAAUCACCACCCACCUCACCACUCGAACCCCGCCCCUUUCUGCCAACCCAUCACCACGGUGACCGCCUCGGCCUCCGUCACCGUGGCCGUUCACGCCGCGCCCCCCGCCUGCCAGAGCCACCCGGCCUCCUCGUACCCGGGGUACACCGCGGCGGAGGGCUACUACCCGUCAGGUGCAGCUGCUUCAAGGCCGGGGCCCGGGCCGGAGCCUGGCUUUCAGGACCCUCACGUGCCACUGGACACCCAGCCGGAGCCCGGCGGAGCCAAGAUGGACGCCAUGGAGCUGCAGGACAUGGAGUCUGAGGCCGACGAGAGGAACUACAGACGGGCGAGCUGAGGGGGUGGAGAGCGAAAGCACAACGACCAAAGAUUGGACACAUUGGUAUUGUUACGCAGCUGUCCCAGCUCCGUCUGAACCAGCCCUGCUCGGCUCAGCCCGGUCUGGCCCCGGUCCGGCCCCGGUCCGGCCCCGGUCCGGCCCCCGUCCGGCCCCGGUCUGACCCACUCUGACCCGGUCUGACCCGCUCUGACCCGGUCUUGCACCGGCAACCGUCCCGCGGCCACAGGCAGCAAGACACUCUUCAGUGUUGGCGUCAUGGUGCUCAUAUUUACUGUAGUCAAGUGGACUGUCGUUGUCAUAGCUAUUUUUAUCUAUAUUUAAGAGAUGUACACUUGUAAAUAUGAACAAAAACGUAGCUAUAAUUGUUGUACAAAGUUGUACAACUCCUCUUUUGUAAACAGACUGGGGCUGCCAUUAAGCAUGGCCUGUGUAUGUAUGUGUGUGUGUGUGUGUGUGUGUGUGUGUGUGUGUGUGUGUGUGUGUGUGUGUGUGUGUGUGUGUGUGUGUGUGUGUGUGUGUGUGUGUGUGUGUGUGUGUGUGUGUGUGUGUAAGAGAUUUCAGAUUACUGUUCUCUGUGGAUCUGUGCCAUGAGGAAGCUUCAUCUACAUACCUGUCAGCAUUCAGUGUUGCUGCUUAAACUAUUUUGAAAAUAAUGUACAUUUAUAACUCUAUGCAAAUGUCUCUUUUAAACAAUAGAAUUGUGUACGCGUGUGUGUGUGUGAGUGCGCAUCAGUUUGCGCAGGUGCGAGUGUGUGUGUACUGGGUGUUCUUUCCAAGUAUGGCUGUAUAAUGAGUGAAAGCCUGGCUUGUCCUGGUUCCUCCAUCAGAUUUAUCUUCAAAAACACACUAACAUUUACACUCAUUUUGAACAUGAGGGAAAUUGUUAGAAUUUCCCAACAGGGCUCUUGUGUAUGUAUGUACAAGUAUAAAAUUGUAUACGUGUGUGUCUAUAUAUUGUAUAAAGGUAUGCAUUUUGAGGAUUUCUUUUUAUCACAAACCUGUGGUAGUUAUAAAACAGUUAGUGUUUAACUUGACACACGCUAUGCGUGCUAUUUAAGACAAGCAAAUAUGAAGAAGAUGUUUUUUGUUAUUUUGUUUCAGGUCGAUCGUGUCUGUCGCUCAAUAGGUUUAGCCCCCCUUCAUUGAGACCUAAUUGAUUCCUCAUUUCCGUUGGUUCUAAACCUAGCUGUUCAAGUUAGGUAACUGCUCUGGUGUUGUUACGUAGCAGGAUUUAGUUCUAUCUCUCUCGCUCCUCUAUACUGACUUACGGUCAGUGAACCAAACUCUGGAACCCAAAACCACAAAUAUUGUGGUCGUAACAUUACUGAUUCUGGACCAGGGAGAAAGGAGAGCUGAACUUAUUGUUCUCUUUGUGGGAUUUUUUGUAGUUAAUAAGCUAAAGUUGGGAAAACUCUAGGACUCAACUCAACUGGGGUCUUGACUGCGUUCAAGCAUUUCUCUUACAAAAACAACUCAGUUCACAUCCGCCCCAACAAUAAGCUAGCCAAAGUGUAAGGGGCUAAGCCCUAUAUGUCCUGACAAUGUGCUCUGUACGUCUGUGUAAAGAUUCAUGUGUGCAUUUCCCUCAUCUGUACCCCCUAUGCCCCAACUCUGCCCUAGCAAUCAGCAAUGACCUCAAGCGAUAAAAGUCCUCGGCAUUACACCAGCAGACUAAUUGAAAUCCGCCUCUAAUAGUGCAAUGGUACAAUCCAGAGCCUCGGGUCAGAAUGUACCCCCCUCUCUCGAUCAUUACCUUUCUGCUAUCCAUGUCCUGUUAUGUGUCUGCAUUCAUUUGAAUCUAUCUAGAUGUGUGUGUGCUUGUGUGUGUGUGUGUGUGUGUGUGUGCCCAUAUGUCAUCAUAAUUAUAACUCAAAACCCCUCCACCAUAGCCAGCUACACUUUGGAAAUCCAUCUCCACACCCCCACUACCAUGGCUACCUGACGUAGGUUUUUAGAAUCCUCCUUUUGUCCGGUGUAAUGUUUCUGCUGCUUGCAUGAAAUAUAGGUUGUUGUAUUUGUUUGUUUUUCAAUGUCUUUGUUUUUUGUGUUUUUCUCCUCCUGAUGUCACAUUGGCAGUAACGGAGCGAAUUAUGGCUGGCAACUAUUUUAUUCCGUUUUAAAUGUAUUUCUUUUGUUUUAUUUUGAAUAUUCAAUUUGCUAUAUUUAUAUUUUGUAAUAUAAGAUGUUUUUGUUUUUUCUUUCAUUAUUGGUCACGAUGCCAGUGGAUAACAAAUGCAGGGAUUUUUAUGUCUAUUGAAAAAAAAACACUAUAACGGUUUAAUGUUUUUUACAUUAAUGGAGUUUGAUCUGUAUAAAGUGCUUACUAAUGUUAAAUAGGAAAAAAAGAAUAUAUAACAUUUUACACUACGAGUCUCAUAGCGCUUAGAGGAUCUUAAAAGGAAAAACAAAAAACAAUGGUUCUCCCAGGCUGCCAUUUUGGUCUUGGUUGGUGUGGAUGUAUGUUGUUUUCAGUUACAAAGAUAAAUGUAUGCCAUAUAAUUUAUUUAUAUGAAAAUUUAUUUUUGUAGUGUACAUAGUAGUUGUCAAGGUAUUUGACAGAAGUAUAUUUUUAAAGAGUUUAUAUGUAAUGAUAUACCGUAACGAAACCUUAAGGUGCACAUUUUGAUUGCUAACUGUCUUCUGAGAUGACAUGGACACCCCUCCCUCCCCCUUCCUCUCCCUCCCUCCCCCCCCCCUUCCUCCCCCCUACAGUAUUAUGUUCCAGUCCCUGGUGAGAGAACUCAGACAGUGCCUUUCUAUGGGCUGGUCAAAGACUAGCCAUGAAAGUAGAAAAUUGUACUAGCUCUCUAAAUAUUAAUGUUCAAACACUGAUAGAAUUCUAACAAAUAAAAAUAUUAUAACUUA